AUGGUCAGGAAAUCCCUGGUGGCUGGGCUGGUAGUUUUGCUGGUGGCUGCAGUGGGAGUGUUAGUGGGGGUGUUCAUGGGGGUGGGAAACAAGAGCCCCAUCUCCCCCUCAGACCAUUUCUACUCCAAAGCUGCCGUGGCUGCAGAUGCUGGGACGUGCUCCGAGGUGGGGAGGUAAGUAAUGUUACGCUAGCCAACUAUUUCCCACUGAGAUACAAUGAUUCAUGGUACACAGUUAGUCAAAUGACAGGACACGAUUAAGCUCUACAAGGAGCAUUACGUGUGUGUGUGUACCUAGGGAUAUUCUGAAGAGGAAUGGCUCAGCGGUGGAUGCAUCUAUCGCCGCCCUUCUGUGUGUUGGCCUCCUGAACGCUCACAGCAUGGGCAUUGGAGGGGGGCUCUUCUUCACCAUCUAUAACGCUUCCACAGGUGAGUCAGUGUGUCCUCAACCUCCACAAAUGAAAAAAUGCUAAUGAACACAUCCAUGUCUGCAUUUUGUAUCACUGCUCGACAGGGAAGGUUGAAACUAUUGACGCGAGGGAGACAGCCCCCAUGAACGCGACAGAAGACAUGUUUGGCAAUAACACCCAGCUUUCUCGGAAAGGUACCCGUUUUACUGUUCUGGAAUGUACGUCAGGUACAGGAUAGGCUAGGCAGGAUCUGUGGUUCAAUCCAUCCUAAGAUAACAGCUGAACAGUAAUACGGUAGCUGUAAUGUAUCACAGUGAGAGGGAUCGAGAGAAGAUAACACUGCAGGAAUAGUAUGAACCUUCUGGCAUCCUCUUUCCUGGUUUUCCCAUCAUUCUAAGGAACAAUAGGUCUAACCGUCUGCAUCAUAUGCAUGGCUACAACAAGGGGACAACAGUUUCACCUGUCAAAAUGAGGAAAUAGACUGAUAUGUUCUUGAAAUCCUUUGUGAGCAGGGUUUCAACUUUGUGCAAAUGGUGGUAAAGUCUUCUCUGCAUAACAGGUGGAUUGUCUAUUGCCAUUCCUGGGGAGAUUCGUGGUUACGAGAUGGCACACAGCAGACAUGGUAGGCUGCCAUGGAAGGAUCUGUUUGAGCCAAGCAUUACGUUGGCACGCAUCGGUUUCCCUAUAGGCAAAGCCCUGGCCAAAGCCAUCUCCAAGAAUAAGGACGCUAUUCAAGGAGAUGCCAAUAUGUGGUGAGGACAGGACAAAUACUGAAAUGUUUAUUUUAUUUUAUUAUCUGCAAAUGCUAUAUUACUACUACAACCACUUCUACAAAUCUACCUUUAAUGUCAGCGUGAAUGUAAUGCUCUAUGAAGUGCUGUAAUAGGAUUAGUUGGUUUUACCACAGAGUACCACAUAUUUCAACCAAUAAAAUGUGAUUACUUUGAUGUCCAAAAAUAUAUUAAUUACUUAUUACAUAAUGCAAGUCAUUCAUCGCUUCCUCUGUGAUUUAUUAUGACCACUGAUGAUUUAUUUGAUUGGCCGCUGUAAAACCUAUGAUGACAAAGCCAUGGGAAUACUGGUCCUUUUAUUAUACAGGUUUGCUUGAAUAACUCCUGAUAAUAAGUUCUCUGUUCUUGUUUUUCUAUUCCAGUGAAGUGUUCUGUGACUCCCAGAAAAACAUCCUGAAGGAAAAUGACAUCGUUAAAUUUCCCAAACUAGCAGACACCUACCAGAGGAUAGCAGAGGAGGGACCGAAGGUUUUUUACAAUGGGACAAUGGCACAAACAAUUGUGGAUGACAUCCAGGCAGCAGGUCUUUAUUUUUGUGCAUGAUAAUAUCCUAUUAUAUCUCAUCGUUCUUGCUGUACACAAUGAGAAUAACCAGGCGAGACAAAUCUGAUAGGCAGUGUGUCGAUGUGCUUCUUGAGCAGUUAUUUCCUCUUCUCAGGUGGGAUUAUCACCCUGGAGGACCUGCUGGAGUACCGGCCUGUGUUGAAUGAGAACCCACUGAAGCUGACUGUGGGGGAGUACACCAUGCACGUCCCAGACGCCCCCUCCAGCGGCCCAGUCCUGGCACUCAUACUCAACAUAGUGGACGGUGAGCAGCAGCCUAGAUAACUCUGAGUCUGAACUCAGCCAUGCAGACUAGAGGAUGUCAGGUUUCCUUCCACUGUACCCCGCUUGGACAGUGUUUCCGCCCCCUCCAUAACCACCACCUCUACACUAAUCCAGCUACAGUUAAUUCACCAGGGGCCUCAUUUAUAAACAUUGCAUAUGCACAAAAUAUUCCCCAAAACAUGCAUGCGCCAGUUUUCAUGCACAAGUUGACAUUUAUAAAAACUAAACUUGACUGUGAGAAUGUGCUCAUCCUCCCGCAAACAUUAGACCAUGCGUGCGCACAGUUUGUAGUGGUUGAAGUAUUGCAUUGCAAGAAGGCAACAGUAGCCUAGUAGCCUUGUGCAAAUAGAGAAUAUAUGAUGACUUAUAAAUGACAAAAAAAACGGUAGCUAAAUAUAAUAACAAGAUGUAAUAAUUUGCUGUUAGUGAGAAGAGCGAAAAUUGAUUGCAGAACAAAUUCCUUACCUUUUCUGACUGUGAUGGUUUCAUACUCGUGAAGUACCCUAUAGGCCUACAACAAGUUAGGAUAGGCUACCAUUUCUCAUUUUCACAGCAGUAAAUAGAUAAGCUUCCGGUAUUUAAAGUAUUUUGCUGUACGCGAUCUGAUCCGAAGCGCAUUUUAACAGUAGAACAGACAGUUCACCUUUUCCAAUGUUUGUAGGCUACAUCUGAAUACUAUAAUGUCAGAUUUUGAGUAGCCUAGACAAUAUUUAAUUUAUAAACACAAUACAUACAGUACCAGUCAAAAGUUUGGACACACCUACUCAUUCAAGGGUUUUUCUUUAUUUUUACUAUUUUCUACAUUCUAGAAUAAUAGCGAAGACAUCACAACUAUGAAAUAACACAUAUGGAAUCAUGUAGUAACCAAAAAAGUGUUAAACAAAUCAAAAUAUAUUUUAAAUUCUUCAAACUAGCCACCCUUUGCCUUGACAGCUAUGCACACUCUUGGCAUUCUCUCAACCAGCUUCACCUGGAAUGCUUUUCGAACAGUCUUGAAGGAGUUCCCAUAUAUGCUGAGCACUUGUUGGCUGCUUUUCCUUCACUCUGCAUUCCAACUAAUCCCAAACCAUCUCAAUUGGGUUGAGGUCGAGUGAUUGUGGAGGCCAGGUCAUCUGAUGCAGCACUCCAUCACUCUCCUUCUUGGUCAAAUAGCCCUUACACAGCCUGGAGGUGUGUUGGGUCAUUGUCCUGUUAAGAAAACAAAUGAUAGCCCCACUAAGCCCAAACCAGAUGGGAUGGCGUAUUGCUGCAGAAUGCUGUGGUAGCCAUGCUGGUUAAGUGUGCUUUGAAUUCUAAAUAAAUCACAGACAGUGUCACCAGCAAAGCACCCCCACACCAUAACACCUCCUCCUCCAUGCUUUACGGUGGGAAAUACACAUGCGGAGAUAAUCCGUUCACCCACACCUCGUCUCACAAAACAAGCCGGUUGGAACCAAACAUCUCCAAUUUGGACUCCAGACCAAAGGACACAUUUCCACCGGUCUAAUGUCCAUUGCUCGUGUUUCUUUGCCCAAGCAAGUCUCUUCUUAUUGGUGUCCUUUAGUAGUGGUUUCUUUGCAGCAAUUCGACCAUGAAGGCCUGAUUCACACAGUCUCCUCUGAACAGUUGAUGUUGAGAUGUGUUUGUUACUUGAACUCUGUGAAGCAUUUAUUUGGGCUGCAAUUUCUGAGGCUAGUAACUCUAAUGAACUUAUCCUCUGCAGCAGAGGUAACUCUGGGUCUUCCUUUCCUGUGGCGGUCCUCAUGAGAGCCAGUUUCAUCAUAGCGCUUGAUGGUUUCUGCGACUGCACUUGAAGAAACUUUAAAAAUUCUUGAAAUGUUCCAGAUUGACUGACUUUCAUGUCUUAAAGUAAUGAUGGACUGUCGUUUCUCUUUGCUUAUUUGAGCUGUUCUUGCCAUAAUAUGGACUUGUUCUUUUACCAAAUAGGGAUACAGUGGGGAAAAAAAGUAUUUAGUCAGCCACCAAUUGUGCAAGUUCUCCCACUUAAAAAGAUGAGAGAGGCCUGUAAUUUUCAUCAUAGGUACACGUCAACUAUGACAGACAAAAUCAGAAAAAAAUUCCAGAAAAUCACACUGUAGGAUUUUUAAUGAAUUUAUUUGCAAAUUAUGGUGGAAAAUAAGUAUUUGGUCAAUAACAAAAGUUUCUCAAUACUUUGUUAUAUACCCUUUGUUGGCAAUGACACAGGUCAAACGUUUUCUGUAAGUCUUCACAAGGUUUUCACACACUGUUGCUGGUAUUUUGGCCCAUUCCUCCAUGCAGAUCUCCUCUAGAGCAGUGAUGUUUUGGGGCUGUCGCUGGGCAACACGGACUUUCAACUCCCUCCAAAGAUUUUCUAUGGGGUUGAGAUCUGGAGACUGGCUAGGCCACUCCAGGACCUUGAAAUGCUUCUUACGAAGCCACUCCUUCGUUGCCCGGGCGGUGUGUUUGGGAUCAUUGUCAUGCUGAAAGACCCAGCCACGUUUCAUCUUCAAUGCCCUUGCUGAUGGAAGGAGGUUUUCACUCAAAAUCUCACGAUACAUGGCCCCAUUCAUUUCUUUCCUUUACACGGAUCAGUCGUCCUGGUCCCUUUGCAGAAAAACAGCCCCAAAGCAUGAUGUUUCCACCCCCAUGCUUCACAGUAGGUAUGGUGUUCUUUGGAUGCAACUCAGCAUUCUUUGUCCUCCAAACACGACGAGUUGAGUUUUUACCAAAAAGUUCUAUUUUGGUUUCAUCUGACCAUAUGACAUUCUCCCAAUCCUCUUCUGGAUCAUCCAAAUGCACUCUAGCAAACUUCAGACGGGCCUGGACAUGUACUGGCUUAAGCAGGGGGGCACGUCUGGCACUGCAGGAUUUGAGUCCCUGGCGGCAUAGUGUGUUACUGAUGGUAGGCUUUGUUACUUUGGUCCCAGCUCUCUGCAGGUCAUUCACUAGGUCCCCCCGUGUGGUUCUGGGAUUUUUGCUCACCGUUCUUGUGAUCAUUUUGACCCCACGGGGUGAGAUCUUGCGUGGAGCCCCAGAUCGAGGGAGAUUAUCAGUGGUCUUGUAUGUCUUCCAUUUCCUAAUAAUUGCUCCCACAGUUGAUUUCUUCAAACCAAGCUGCUUACCUAUUGCAGAUUCAGUCUUCCCAGCCUGGUGCAGGUCUACAAUUUUGUUUCUGGUGUCCUUUGACAGCUCUUUGGUCUUGGCCAUAGUGGAGUUUGGAGUGUGACUGUUUGAGGUUGUGGACAGGUGUCUUUUAUACUGAUAACAAGUUCAAACAGGUGCCAUUAAUACAGGUAACAAGUGGAGGACAUAGGAGCCUCUUAAAGAAGAAGUUACAGGUCUGUGAGAGCCAGAAAUCUUGCUUGUUUGUAUGUGACCAAAUACUUAUUUUCCACCAUAAUUUGCAAAUAAAUUCAUUAAAAAUCCUACAAUGUGAUUUUCUGGAUUUCUUUUUCUCAAUUUGUCUGUCAUAGUUGACGUGUACCUAUGAUGAAAAUUACAGGCUUCUCUCAUCUUUUUAAGUGGGAGAACUUGCACAAUUGGUGGCUGACUAAAUACUUUUUUUCCCCACUGUAUCUUCUGUAUACCACCCCUACCUUGUCACAACACAACUGAUUGGCAAAAACGCAUUAAGGAGGAAAGAAAUUCCACAAAUUAACUUUUAGCAAGGCACACCUGUUAAUUGAAAUGCAUUCCAGGUGACUACCUCAUGAAGCUGGUUGAGAGAAUGCCAAGAGUGUGCAAAGCUGUCAUCAAGGCAAAGGGUGGCUACUUUGAAGAAUCUGAAAUAUAAAAUAUAUUUUGAUUUGUUUAACACUUUUUUGGUUACUACAUGAUUCCAUAUAUGUUAUUUGAUGUCUUCACUAUUAUCCUACAAUGUAGAAAAUAGUAAAAAUAAAGAAAAACCCUGGUAUGAGUAGGUGUGUCCAAACUUUUGACUGGUACUGCAUAUCAUAACCAUUGCACCUUUUCUGGCCAUGGUGAGUUCAUAUUCCCAAAGUAGCGAUACAACAAAUUACCAUGCACAUCUCUAAUUUAAUUGGGCCUAUUAGACGUUUUUGCUCUAUGCAUCUGAAAGAGACCACGGUUUAUGACAUACAAUAGAAUUUAAACAGGUGAACAGACAGUUGAUAUUUUGCAUUGAAGUGUGUAGGCUACCACUGUAAGUAGGCCUAGGCCCUACUGUAGUUGUAAUUUUUUUCAGAGUAGACCAUGUUUCAGAAUUCCUCGGGCAGUGCAACACAUUUAGGUUCGGUAGAAAGUAAAUGCGAAACAUUAUUGAAUUCAAACGUUUGUUUACAUGUCCACAACAAUUUGCAAUCAUUCUUUGUGUUUCAGAAACGGUCAGAUACAGCAAAUGUCAUUGCAAAAAAACUACAUUCUGCCAACACCUAUAAAGAUAUUUGAUCAAGUUCGCCAUUGAUAAUUCCUUUAGAUAACUGUCUUGGCCUAAUUUCAAUACUUCCAAAGUAUACAGCAAAUAAGGGCGUUAUUGUCACCAUAAAAGGUUAAUAAUGGGCGCUAUUCAGGUGGAGUUAUAAUGCUUGUUCCCGCUCGCAGUUUUACAACAGGUCUAAUUUAUAAAGGAAAACAUAUGGUGUGCGCCCGCCGCCAAGUUUAUAAAUCUCUAUAUUUUUGUACGUGCGCAGUCUUUUCAGAAAUUGCGCAUGCAGAUAUUUAGUGUAAAAUUUACGCAACAGUUAUAAAUGAUGCCCCAGAUACAGAGAGUGUGCUCAUGGAGAAAAUCAUUAGCCAUGCAUUAGACACAGAGGGGCAUCAUUAUCCACCACUAAUUGGCUGUAAACUCACAAGGCCUCCCAGAUUCUCAUCUAAGAGAGAUUUGUGUAAACUCUGGAAUUAUUUUCACUGGGAAUUAAUUUAUCAGCACUAGUCCCUUACAUCUUGACAUCCACCAUAGCUACCAGUGUUUGUGCAAAAACAUGGACGGAAUCGGACAGAAAUAUCCCAGUGAUGGAAAUAUCGAUUUACAUUAAAACUACUGUAUCUCUGACAAAUUAAUAAAUAGUUCUUUUUUAGUCUGAAAUAUAUCAAUAUUUUUCGUGUUUUUUUCUUCAGGGUAUAACUUCACUGGCACAAGUGUCUCUACCGCCGAGAAAAAGACUCUGACGUUCCACCGCAUCGUGGAGGCUUUCCGGUUUGCUUAUGCCAAGAGAAGCAGACUAGGGGACCCACGCUAUCUCAAUAUCACCGAUGUGAGAACCCUGAUUCCCAGCUUUCAAAUACACAGAGUUUCACUCACAAAUAUAUAUUUGAAUUUGAAAUAAAGUUGGUUUGUAGUUGUUUACUGAAUAGGCUCUAUAAUACCAUGCUGUUGACUGCUGUUCACCUAUUUAAUUCCUAUUUGUUUACUGAUGAUUUCAUCUGCUCUCCAGCUCAUCCACAACAUGACCUCAGACUACUUUGCUAACGGGAUCAGGAGCAAGAUCACAGAUGACACCACUCACCCCGACAGCUACUAUGAGCCAGAUUAUUUUGUCCCCGACAAUCAUGGGACAUCACACCUGUCCGUCAUAGCUGAGGAUGGAAGUGCUGUGGCUGCCACCAGCACAAUCAAUCUAUAGUAAGAGUCCUACAAGGCAAGACCUCCUGAGACAAUAGGACUGAUGAAUACAUAAUGCUACAGCGUAGAUUAUAGCUAUCCAGAGACAGAUCAUUAAUAUAGUAUACAUGCACUCUAAACACCCUUUGCUUGCAGAUGGUCUUACUGAGAAGUUUCUGUUUUCAUUUAACCCCAAAAAUAACAUGCAUAGGUUACUUAACUCCUAUCAUUUCCCAUCUUCAGUUUUGGCUCGAAAGUCAUGUCCCGAUCAACUGGCAUCAUUUUCAAUGAUGAGAUGGAUGACUUCAGCUCUCCACACAUCACCAAUGGCUUUGGAAUCCCUCCAUCUCCUAACAACUUCAUCCAGCCUGGUGAGAUAGAAUAGGAACUGAAAUAAAUAUCCUUAUUGCUGGUAAGCUACUGAAAGUUCUCAAUGUACGCAUGGCCCCAGUUUGAGCCUUGGCUGGUAUGUUUUCUGAGAAUAACUUUGUCUGAAUAUUUAGCUCUCUCUCUGUUUUAGGUAAAAGGCCUCUCUCUUCUAUGUGCCCAACUAUUAUCUUGGACAAAGACAAUAGAGUGAAAAUGGUGGUGGGAGCCUCUGGUGGAACAAAGAUCACCACAGCGACUGCCCUAGUAAGUCUUGAUCCAUACAAAUGAAUUGAUACUCUAAAACAGAUAAAGCCUACACAUGACGGCCAUCUAUCCUUACAUUGUGAUAUUGUGAUGAAUCGGAGUACAAGUAGCUUCCUUUUCUGAUUUACAUAGGUGAUUCUGAAUUCCUUGUUCUUUGACUACGACCUCAAAAAAGCUGUAACACAACCUCGAAUUCACAAUCAACUUAACCCAAAUAUGACUGUAGUGGAGGAUGGCUUUGAAAAGGUGGGUAAUUUUGAACAAUAUUGCAUAGAAUAUUAUUCUAUGAAAAAAAUACAAAUUCAUUGAUUUGAAAAGACUUUUGGGUAACUCUGACAUUUAAUCUGUGUGUGUGUGUGUGUGUGUGUGUGUGUGUGUGUGUGUGUGUGUGUGUGUGUGUGUGUAAUAGAGUGUAUUAGAUGGUCUGGCACAGAAGAACCACGUAACAGAGCUGCUGAUGACUCCUGGAUCAGUGGUUCAGGUGGUGGUGCGACAGGGUGAGCGGCUCUGUGCCGAGUCCGACCCCAGAAAAGGGGGCUAUCCAGCGGGCUACUGA